AUGCAUCCACCGACGGGUUCCAGUGCUGUCAAAGUUCCUGAACGUGUCUCAUCGCUGAGCAGCUCAGAGCGGAAUGCGAGCGUCGUGUUGGCGUCGCACGAGGAGGCGCUGCCGCUGACGGGGCUGCUGCCGCCGCUGGUGGGCCCCACCGACGCAGACGACGACGACCUGAGCGACGUGGAGCUGGACGUGGGCGAGGAGGAGGCGGCGCCGACGCCGCCCCCGCUGCCCGAGCCGUACUUCGACGCGCUGACGCCGCGUCACGUCACCGCGCUGCUGGGACGCUCCGCGAGGCUCACCUGCCGCGUCUUCAAUCUGGCCAACAGGACGGUGUCGUGGGUGCGCCACCGGGACCUGCACAUCCUGACGGUGGGCUCGUACACGUACUCGAGCGACCAGCGCAUCAGCGCGUCGCGCGUCGGGCCCGCCGAGUGGCAGCUGGAGAUACGCUGGGUGACCCACCGCGACACCGGGGUGUACGAGUGCCAGGUCAGCUCGCUGCCCAUCAUGGCGCUGCAGGUGCGCCUCGACGUCGUCGUUCCGACGGCCUCGAUCCUGGGCGGGCCGGACCUAUACGUCAACCGCGGCAGCUCCAUCAACCUGACGUGCAUCGUCGUCAACUCACCAGAGCCACCGGCCUACAUAUUCUGGUACCACCGCGACCAGGCCGCCUAG